GGCCGUAACUUUCUGUCUAUUUAUGGUAUUUGGAUGACUAAUGCUGAAUGAGCUUUUUGGAUCUAGGACUCGGAAGGGCUGCUAUAGUCAUUCGAAUCUCUGUGGCAAGCCCUAGGCUGUGUUAGAUCCCACGAUUCGUUCUCGGUGAUUCGUCCAACCUGAAUGGUCAUUGCAAAAAACGAAGUCAUUAGGGACGUGGCGUUUAUGUAUAUAAGUGCGAAGGGCUGGACCAAAUGGGUCAACCUCAACGUACCUUCUUUGGUGCUUUUCUUCUCGUAUUACAAAUACACUUUCUCAGUACAAUCCCUAAUCUUCUCAUAUGAGCUCGGAGCGCGCAGCCUCUUCAUCUAGCUCGCCCUAUUCCCUUCAGAGGGGCAAAGCUUGUAGCAACUGCAGGAAACGAAAAAUAAAAUGCGAUGGCCUCCGGCCUACAUGCACGCAAUGUCUUAGGAGUGCAAGGCCAGGGGACGCCUGCGAAUACGCUGAUAGUGGACGUACCCGAACGCAGAUGCUUGAAGAUAAUAUCUCUCGCUUAGAGGCACGCAUACGCGAGCUUGAAGAACCAGACGACGAGAAUGCUGUUAGGCUUCACUUGCCUUACAACUUCUCUAGUCAAUCUACUCCUGCUUUAAUGGUACCCCCACAAACAGGUUCCUCUAUACGUGGUAGCGCCUUAUCUAGUCCGACUAACACUCAACGUAAUUCUAAUAGCCCCUCUAUCGCAUCGUCUUCUGGGCACGGCUCGACAUACUCUACGUUUCAAGAGGAGCCCCCGAGUGAUGUAGUGCAUCAACUUCUCUCAACAUUUUUACCACAUGCGCUGGAUAUGGGAUUCUUUCUGAACGUCUCACGCUUUCGAAAUUCUGCUUUACUACCUCUCCCCCUGGGACAUUACUCACGCCCAUGCGCUGGGCUCCUAAGCACAGUAUAUCUCCUUGGUCUUCACCUUUCGGGUGACCUUAACAACCAAGAAAGCGUCUACCUCGCGCGCGCUCUAGCUCAUACAGCCAAUAUACUAUCAUCAACCCAUCCUCAGCGGAUUAUUCAUGCUAUACAAGCAGAAACUCUCCUCUCGGUGUAUUUUUUCCGGACUGGCCGUAUAUUGGAAGGCAAGUAUCAUAUGUCGGCGGCGGUAUCUCUCACACUCGGUACCCAACUACAUAAGAUACGAGCACUCCCAGUGGGGAGUGGAAACCCUUCUGUUUCACCGUUGCAGCAAAUCGGUGUCGCGGGACCAUUGUUAAGUCCCCCGAUCGACCAGAUUGAAGAAGGGGAAAGGAUUAAUGCGUUUUGGAUUGUAUACACCCUCAGCAACUGCUGGGGCGUCGCCGUAGGAACGUUGUCCAGUGCGGUAUUCGAGAGUCAUGGGUCAACAAUCGACACUCCAUGGCCGCUGGAUAUGACUGACUAUGAGCAGGUGAUGUUGAAUGCUUCAAGAGCAAGCUGGACUUACGGUGCUGAUUUUGAAUCGUUACUUACUUCACAGGAGCUGCUGCCAGCCGAGCACUAUAGCGUCAUGACUGUGCAGAAUUUUUUGAGACAGGUGCCGUCAUCUUCGGUGAAGGAGUUUUCAACGAUGGCCAUGUUCGCAAAAGCGUCGAUCUUGCUUGACAAAUCCGCAAAUAUUGCUUCGCUGUAUAGAUCUGACAUGAACGCAGAUGAAGCCUCCCGCUUCGGCGCUACCUUUUCCUCUCUUAACAACCUCAUCGACAAUUUUCAGUCAAGUCUCGGUUUCCUGCCCCUCAACCAACACGCAUCAUCAUCAUACGAGUUUGGUACAAUCCUCACUACACACACCUUAGCGUACACCGCCACAAUUCAAUUGCACAGUGUCUUCAUUAACAACAAUUCCCAUUCUCGAAGAAAAGCUCUCUCGGCGGCGCGGGCGUGCGUCGCCAUCCUGCGUCAGGUCGAUAUGAGUGUGAUGUCGCAUAUCAAUGCUGUGCUGGGAUCAUGCUGGACUACUGUUUGUCAGGUAUUUAUAGAUGAAAUUAAGAGGUUGAGGAGGACCAGUACCGCUACAGCCGGAGUCGGGAUUGCGGGUGGAAGCCGAUUACAUUCAAGGAGCUCGAGAACGGAAAACUGGGGAAUAAGUGAAGGGAGUCUAGAUAGCAUAUCCGAUGGGGAGGAAGCGCAACUCAAGGGGAUGCUAGAGAAGGUGUUCGCGACAAUGGCGGUAUUCUCUAUUGAAUCACCAUUAAUUGGAUACCAGCUCGCCACAGUCCAAGAAGCCUUUCAGUCAAUGUAAUAAUCCAGGGAAUCCAAAUCGGAAUUGUCUGACCUGGUUCCCAAGUUAUCGAAGUUGACUUGUAUGUUUCUUCCCCAUGUAGAACUACUAUUUAUUUCACUCUGACAUUGGCCGUUCAAUACCAGCAUGCUCAAUGUGUAUUUUAGCUUCAUCUGACAUGACAUUGAUAUUAGAAUCUCUAGAAUAGAUGAACUAUCUUUAUGAAUACCCAAGUAAUUCUUGAUACAGUACGUUUAUAAUCUUGAUGUAUACUGGAGUAAUUCUUGAUACAAUACGUUUAUAUAUAUAUACACUUAUAUACGACCAUGAUCAAUGUAUCUGCCCUCGUAAAUAGUCGCAUAUAAUAGCAUAUACAUAGUACAUGACUAUAUCCUGACUGGAAGAGAGUUGUACGAUAAGGUUGUAUGGUAAAGUUUAAACAUUUCGUUGAACGUUAUUUGUAUCUGUUAAGGAUAUUCAC